AUGACCGCGGAGCAAGCUGAGAGGGAGCUGAGCAAGAUUUGGAAGGACGUCGACAGUUUCCUCAACGGCACCAGGGAAUGGACGCUGAAAAGGCAGCUUGUAAGGGCGACGGCUGGCCAUGUGCCUCUGGCGGUCACUAGCCUCACGUUGUGUUGCUUUCAGCACGGAGUGUCGGUCUACACCACGCCGUCCACCCGCUUCAAGGGUCGGGUCUACCGCGCUGACUGCACGAUCAACAUGGCGGCGCAGAAGAUCUUCGAUCUGAUCCACCCGACCGCUCCGUACCGGUUCAUGUGGGAUUUGAACGUCGAGAGGUGCGACCUGAUCUCCGAGGUGAUGCCGGUGAGUACCGCCAGUUACUACGGUGUUCUGUACGCUCCGUGCACCGUGGUGUGUUCACCCCACAGCGUUUGA